AAUUCCUUUUCUUUCCUUUCUUCUUAGUUUACCAAGGAAAAAAAAAAGUAAUAUUAUAUACUUUCUUCUUCUUUAUUCUAUUUCAUAUAUUCACAUACUCAUAUAAUGAGGCUCGCUGUCUAUGGUGGCGUGUCAUCUAUACUUGCAGUUGGUGUCAUCCUGUCAGCUUUUACUCAACGUGCCAACUUUUAUUCAGCAUGCGUAUACCUAUCAAAAUCCAGUGCUUGUAUGAUGAUCUUAUUGAACAUGGGACUCUUUUUAUCCAUUAUUGCUGGAAAAACUUUACAGGCUGUGUUUUUUGGAAGUCUUCGAGCUAUUGAAGUAGAGCACUUGUAUGAAAGAUCUUGGUAUGCCGUGACAGAAACGUGUUUAGCCAUGACAAUAUUUCGUGAAGAAUUUGAUUUACAAUUUGUAGUAGUCUUUACAACAUUACUUUUCCUAAAAAUAUUUCAUUGGUUAUGUCAAGAUCGUGUCGAGUUUAUGGAACAAAGACCAAAUCAUGGAACUCUUUUUCAUAUACGAAUGGUCAAUAUGAUGAUACUGUUAUUUUUAUUGGAUUAUUCUCUUGCUUCUCACGCUAUUCACUCUACUUGGACAAAGGGGCCAAAUAUGAUGAUCAUGUUUGGAUUCGAGUAUACUAUUAUGUUAUGUACCAUCCUUUCUAGUAUUUGCAAAUAUACCUUGAAUGUCAUUGAUCUACGUAGUACUGAACCUUGGGAAGGCAAAUCUAUGUAUGUCUUUUUUAUUGACUUGUUAACUGACUUUAUGAAACUGAUAACAUACAUUGUCUUCUUUGUGAUUAUCUGUUUUUAUUAUCAACUUCCACUUCAUAUUGUCCGGGAUGUUUAUGUUACUUUUCGAUCAUUUAUUCAAAAAUGUCGGGACCUUUAUCGGUAUAGACGUGCCACUCGAAAUAUGGAUCAACUUUAUCCUAAUGCUACAAUUGGUGAUUUGUCUCAAACAAGUGAUAGUACAUGUAUUAUAUGCCGUGAAGAAAUGCAUGCAAAUCCGCCAAAUGUCUCCUACUCCAAUUCAACCAAUGAUACUACCACUACAACAACGAACCAAGCUCCCGGAGAAACUAACGUCAACAAUGUCAACAAUUUGGAUCAACCAAAGAAAUUACCUUGCGGUCACAUUUUUCACUUCCAUUGUUUACGAAGUUGGUUAGAAAGACAGCAAACAUGUCCUACCUGUAGACGAUCUGUACUUUCUGAAGCAGAUGGUGGGAAUCAACAACAACAACAACAACAGGUUCAACAGCCACGGCAGCAACAACAGCAAACUCAACAACAACAGCAACAACAACAAACUCAACAACAGCAGCAACAAACUCAACAACAACAACAGCAGCAGCAGCAACAACAACAACAACAACAACAACAACAACAACAGCAAGCUCAACAAUACCAACAAUUAAUAAACCGAAUACAAGAAAGUAUGCAAUCAAGAUCGCAAGAUACAAACGCAACAUCGUCUAGUUCUGCACCUGCCAAUGAUGAUCUUCGUCAUUCACAGGCAUAUCCGUUUAUUCAAAGCUCUGGAUCAACUUUCAAUCCAACAACAACAUUUGGUGUAUAUGGUCCAUCUACUGCGAAUACUACUGAUCAACAACAUCUUCCUAUUCAUAUUCCUGGUUUGAUCCCCCUCGCACCCUAUACUACCGCCAACUUUAGUCAUACCACAUCAAGUGAUAUUAGCAGCAGAAUACCACCAGAACUAACAAAUGAAGAAUUGACAAGACUAUCAACAGAAACACGAGAAGGUAUGGAAGAGCGUUUGCGGGUGCUGGACAUGGUGCAAUCACAAAUCUUCGCAAGUAUGCAAUAUUUAGCAAGUGCUCUUAGCGCUUUACCGCCUCAAGUAUCAGAGGUAAAUCAACAUCAAUCUGGAUCAACAAAUGAUAAUAUUACUUCCAAUAUCUCUUCUACUGAUUUCAAUAACAAUGAUAUGGUGGAUGAUCACACAUCAACAACAACGACAACAACAAGCAGAAUGGAACAAGUACCAGAUGAAGAAAGUUCUACACAACUGAAUUCACGAAAAGAAAAAGGAAAAAUGAGAUCAUCAGAGGAUUAGAUUAGAUUAGUUAUAUAUAUUAAAUAAAGCUUUUUCAUUUACUUGUU